AAAAAAAAAAAGAAAAUUUUUUUAUUACCUUCUUUUUGACGAAUAAAUUAAUUAAACAAUUGAUUCAAUCGAAACAAAGCGAUUUAAAUUUCUUAAAAACUAUAUAAAGACCAUGUUCUGAGAUAUUUCAAAAUGAUAACGAAGAAACAAUUCCUUCCGUCUUAUAUUUAUCGUAUUUAUUCGUUAAAGCUCAUCGUAACGUCAUAAUGAGUCAAUUCUCAUCCGUACAACCUCCGGAAGUAUAUGAGGUUAAUGGAAUCAAGUUCAUGAGAAUCCUCGGUAUAGUAAUCACUCUGCCUCCUCCAGAAUCGGAAGUUUAUAAGGAAUAUCUUAAGUGCAAUAACUUUUGCCUAUUUCGAAAAUCAUGCACCGAAGCGCUUAAAGGGUACGAUAUAGACCCUAAGGAGAUUUCACGCAUAGCGGCGGACUGCUGGAAUGUAGCGGAUAAAAAUUUUAAAACUUAUUUCACGAAAUAUGCUAAUGCAAUUUUCAAAGAUCGAAAAACUCAAGUGAUUAAGAUCAAAAACCCUUACGUUUACAACGCCGAUCGUAUUACCAAGCGUAGAACACGAAAGCCCAAUAAGAAAAAACCUUCUAAAAUGGAAAUUAGAUCAAAAGAAGCUAUCGAUGAGCUAUCAGUUGGGCAAGAAUCUCUUAUGAGCAAACGUUAUCAAGAGGAUAUUAGUAACUUCGAAAUUAUUGAUACUUCGCCGCCACCCGAAUUACCUUCGUCGUCAUAUUCUUUCUACAUCAACGAGGCGAGGAGAGCAGAGGAGGUAUCCUUCCAGCCUCUUUAUGACUUUUGAGUAAUAUAAGCAAAAGAAAAAUAAAAGAAAGAAAGAAAAAGAAAGAAACAAUUCGUGUUCAUAUUUAAGAUUUUAUUUUAUUAUUAUAAAAAUUUAAAUUUAGCUAAAUUUAAUAAAUGAUGUAACUUUUAAGCUUUGUUCCGCGGAAAAAUAAGAAUAAAUUAUUAUAAGGACUUAUGAAUUACUUAGAUUUUUUUUUUUAAAAAAAAUAAUAUAUUUAU